CUCGUCGCCCGCAGCCCGCUGGGUCCGUUGCAGAGCAAGCGUCGCGCCGCUGGCAGGUUCGGGACGUCCGGCGCACUGAGACUGGUGCGGGAACGCACGGGGCGCGCCCUGCGGACCGGCGGUCGGAGUCCGCGGCCAGAGGCCGGCGCGGGUCUGGGCCUCUGGGACAGGAGCAGGCGGCUGCGCAGGCAGGUAGAGGCGCUCUGAUUUUGGGGAGCACAAGCCAACCUUCAUACCGGUCUCUGUCGUUAAAAGGUACUCGGCUAAGACACCAGCGCCAGCUGCACCUGGCCAGGAGUCUAGUUUCCUUGUGGGAAGUCUCGUGGAUUUGACAUGGCUGCAGAGGACACGGCCUCGACCCGGCUGGGGGCCGGGAGGCAGCACCUCCGUCCACUGAAGAGGAGGGGCUUGGUGCUGCUGAGACUCACGGCCAUCGUCUUUGCUGUGCUUCUCUUUUGUGAAUUUCUAAUCUAUUACCUAGUGAUCUUCCGGUGCAGUUGGCCUGCAGUGAAAACUCCCGCGGAUGCCGGUGGACUCGGGACCCCUGAGCCUGUGCUCAGGGCCAUGUUCUUGGCUGACACCCACCUGCUCGGGGCUGUGAGAGGCCACUGGCUGGACAAAUUACGGAGGGAGUGGCAGAUGGAGCGAGCCUUCCAGACGGCGCUGUGGCUGCUGCAGCCUGAAGUCGUCUUCAUCCUGGGAGACGUCUUUGACGAAGGGAAGUGGAGCUCCUCCCAGGCCUGGGCAGACGACGUGGGGCGCUUCUGGAAGAUCUUCCGACACCCGCCCCAUGUGCAGUUGAGGGCCGUGGCCGGUAACCAUGACAUCGGCUUCCACUACCAGAUGAACACAUACAAAAUAAAACGAUUUGAGAAAGUUUUCAACCCUGAAAGGCUGUUUUCUUGGAAAGGAAUUAACUUCUGUGUCCCAGGGACACAGUCGCCAGUGGACAGCACAGGUGGCCCAUGGCUGAUCUCCUGCCCUUGCCUCAGUUUCGUGAUGGUUAACAGCGUUGCACUGGAAGGGGACAGCUGUGAUAUCUGCUCUGGAGCAGAGGCUGAGCUCCUGGAAAUCUCUCACCGGCUGAACUGCUCCCGGGAGCAGGAGCAUCGCCCCCAAGAGUGUGGAGACAGGCAGCGGCUGCCGGCCUCGGCCCCCAUCCUCCUGCAGCACUUCCCGCUUUACCGGAGAAAUGACGCCAACUGCUCCGGGGAGGACGCGGCAUCCCCCGACGAGAAGUACACCCCCUUCAAGGAGCGCUAUGACGCGCUCUCCCAGGAGGCCUCGAGGAAGCUGCUGUGGUGGCUCCGGCCGCGCCUGGUCCUCAGUGGCCACACGCACAGCGCCUGCGAGGUCCUGCACGGGGCCGACGUCCUGGAGGUCAGCGUGCCAUCUUUCAGUUGGAGGAACAGAAACAACCCCAGUUUCAUCAUGGGACAGCCAUAGUCAAGGCACGGAGAUCUACAGGGAUUCUCCUUGAGUAGUUAUACAAAAUAAUAUUACAUUUCGUGGUCUGUACAGUGUAAUAAACCAGCAGUAAAACAACAAAAAGAACCUAUGAAAGGAGGCCGUUGCCUGAGCAGCGUGAGUCUGGGGACCAUCGUGGAUGGGACACCUGUGGCCAGAGCGAGGGGGGGGUUUCUGCUGAUGUGUGGAUGGUCAGAGGGGCUCUGACACAGAGGCUGAGGCCAGCCGCCCCUGGAGAGACAGGACUGAAGGGGGUUCUGUCCCCACUGCGGCUUGGGGCUCCUCUGAGUCGUGGGCCCAUGGGGUCAGAAGGGCGACGCCCCAUCACGCUUGGGCCAGUGCGUCUCCCCAUCCGCCAAGUUCUCCAUGAGUCGGGGCCCCCUCACCCCCACACAGACCGGGGCGGGGUGGUGGGGGCAGAGGUGGCCGGGGGCCCGGAGGUCACGCGAGCCCGCACAAUGGACGGGGACUCGCUGCUCUGUGCCGGUGGCCCUGGGGCGCGGGGCGGGGCUGGGGGGCUCACAGGAGCUCGUACUGCUUGAGGUGCAUCCGCUGGAUGAUGUCCCUGCAGUCGUUGAAGACGCGGCGGAUGUUCUCUGUGUCCACGGCACACGUGAAGUGCGGGUAGCAGUAGUGCUUGCCGUCGCCCGUGGCCGUGCUGAUGCGCUGCGGAGAUGCAGCCCGUCAGCUCCGGGGGACCGAGGGCCGGGGGUGGGGGCGUCUGUGUCAGGGCUGAGCCCCCCAUUUCUCACUUUUUAUGUAAGCUUGAAAUCAUCUCAAAAUACAGAGUUUUUUCAAAAAGGGAACAUCUGAACCUGAGCAGGUCCGUUUCCAUGUGACCCUUGAGCUGAGGAGAGGCCACACCCCGCAUCCCACUGAAAGGCAACAUGCCAGCGGGGUCGGUCAUCUCAGUGCUGACCCGGGGCCUGUACCCUGCCCGUUCCUGCUGGGAAGUUGUGUGACCUGAGGCCGGAAGUCCGACCUCUCUGAGCCUCCGUGUGCUCAGCUAUGAGAUGAGGAACGACACCUUCCCAUCCCUCAUUGUUUGGGGGAGAUUAAAUAAGCUCGUGAGAGACUAAGUGCAAAGAGCAGGGUCACCCUAAGGUGGCAGGACAGCAAAGGGCAAGGAAAAUGCUCACCAAGAACAGAUCCCGGAUGAAGAACUUAGCUCUUGUGACUUUGGGAUCUUCUCCCGCAUCUGGUGUCGCUGUAGAAAAUCAAAGGGAAUUUUAUUUAAAUGACAUGACACACAGAUACAGCUGGAUGGAGGCUGUGCACACAGAGCACGGAAGCACACGCGCCAUGCAGCCAAAGACUGAAACGUGACCUUCGUCUCUCUCCUCCUCCCAGGUCACUUUGACUUCAACAGUGGUUUAUGUUUGGUGCCGGGUGAACAGCUUCUACUCAAGUCAGAUGAAGCGUCUCACUGACUGGUGAGCCGGCCCCCAAUCACCUGCACCUGGUGAACCUUCCUGCAGGGAGGGCUGCCAGCUCAUCCUGAGACUUCCCAGGAAAAAUGCUGACCAGACAGGCCCGCCAGUGUCUGGGGAGAGGCGCCCGUCCCGCCAGCUGCCGCUCCAGAUCAGACUCACUCUCUCUCCUCUCACAGUUCUAGUCUCUAAGGAAGCUGAAAAGAAAGCCAGACGUGCUUGAGACCGCUCUGGGGACGCCUCUGGGCUGGGGGGCAGGUGUGCAGGGCCUGCACGAGCCCAGGGGGACGGGGCAGCCACGGGCCAGCAGCUUCCUGCGUUCUUCCUGGACACAUGUCUCCCCAGCAGCCUCAGAUUGAACCCAACCUCUUCUAAGAAGCCAAUUCCAUGGAACAGAAUUGAGAGCCCAGAAACAAACCCACACACAUACGGACAACUGAUGUAUGACAAAGGAGCAAAGAACAUACGGUGGAGAAAGGAUGCCCUCUUCCAUAACUGGUGUUGGGGAAGCUGGACAGCUACAUGGAAAAUAAUCACACUGGACCAUUACCUCACACCCUACAUAAAAAUCAAACUCAAAAUGGAUUAAAGACUUGAACGCAAGACCUGAAACCACAGAAUUCCUAGAAGAAAACGUAGGCAGUAUGCUCCUUGACAUUGGUCCUAGCAGUAUCUUUCUAGAUAUGUCUCCUCGGGCAAGGGAAACAAAAGCAAAAAUAAACAAGUGGGACUGCAUCAAGCUAAAAAGAUUCUGCGCAGCAAAGGAAACCAGCAACAAAACAAGAAGACAACCUGCCAAAUGGGAGAAGGUAAUUGUAAAUCAUAUAUCUGAUAAGGGGUUAAUAUCCACACUAUAUAAAGAACUCACAUGACUCAAUAACAAAAAAACAACAUGAUUUAAAAAUGGGCAGAAGUGCCAAAGAGACAUUUUUCCAAAGAAGACAUACAGGUGGCCAACAGGCACAUGAAAAGAUGCUCACCACUGCUAACCAUCAGAGAAAUGCAAACAAAAACCACAAUAUCACCUCACACCUGUUAGGAUGGCUGUUAUCAAAGGCAAGAAAUAACAAGUGUUGGUGAGGAUGUGGAGAAAAGGGAGCCCUUGUACACUGUUGAUGGGAAUGUAAAUUGGUGCAGCCACUGUGGAAAACAGUAUGGAUACUCCUCAAAAAAUUAAAAACAGAACAACUACUUAUGGACCCGCAAUUCCACUCCUGGGUAUUUAUCCAAAGAAAAUAAAAACACUAAUUCCAGAAAAUAUCUGCACCCCAAUGUUCAUAGCAGUAUUACUUACAAUAGCUGAGAUAUGGAAACAACCUUAAGUGUCCAUCGACAGAUGAAUGGAUAAAGAUGAUUAUAUACACACACACACACACAAAGGAAUAUUACUCAACCACACAAAGAAGGAAAUCUUGCCAUUUGUGACAACACAGAUGGACCUUGAGGGUAUUAUGCUAAGUGAAGUAAGGCAGAUGGUGAAAGAAAAUACAGUAUGAUUUCACUCAUGCGUGGACUAUAAAAAAACAAACAAAACCCCAAAAUAAAUGAAC